CUUCCCUCUCUCUCUCUCUCUCUCUCUCUCUUCUUAUGUCACUAUGCACACUCCCAAUUCUUGUUUUUCAAGUGCCACUAAUGAAGAUGAUGAAGACUCCAUUCUACUCACUCUCUGUCCUCCUGGACAACAAAGAUCCACCCCUUCUCAAUUCCACAUCCAAUCCAAACACCACUCUCAUCACUCUCACACCACCGAAAACCACCUAACCGACGACUCAAACGUGACAAUCGCCCUUCACAUCGGGCCACCAGGCCCCGUAGUACAAACUACCAAUUCAGGCAAUGUGGGGCCCUCAGAGGGCCAGUAUUGGAUACCAUCACCGGCUCAGAUCAUGGUGGGCACCACUCAGUUUUCAUGCAUUGUCUGCCACAAGACCUUCAACCGAUACAACAACAUGCAGAUGCAUAUGUGGGGCCAUGGAUCACAGUAUCGUAAGGGCCCAGAGUCUUUGAGGGGAUCUAAGCCGUUGCCAUCAAUGUUAAGGUUGCCAUGCUAUUGCUGCGCUAAAGGGUGUAAGAACAACAUCGAGCAUCCUCGAUCCAAGCCGUUAAAGGACUUCCGUACGCUGCAGACUCACUACAAGCGUAAGCAUGGGGAGAAGCCGUUCGGGUGCCGGAAGUGCGGUAAGCCGUUUGCAGUGCGUGGAGAUUGGCGCACCCAUGAGAAGAACUGUGGGAAGCUGUGGUUUUGCAUAUGUGGGUCUGAUUUCAAGCAUAAGAGAUCGCUUAAGGAUCAUGUAAGGGCCUUUGGGGUGGGCCAUGCACCACAUGGGGUUGAGUCAUGUGAUGAGGAGGAUGAUGAUGAGUUUGAUAAUGUUGAUGAAGAUCGAGAAAAUGGCGGAUCGUUGUGUGAUUAGAGUAGGAAACGUUUGUUUCUGACUAAUAACUGAGAGUAUGUUAAUGAAGAAAUGUGAAACGUGAUCUCUCCACACUCGCCAAUGUGGUACGUAUGAGAUCAAUGUUGUUCACUUGGUGGGUCCCACUUUGUACAUGCUGUGGCCCACACGACUGCGAGUAGCCUUAGCAGUACUGCUUUUAUUUAAUGUGUGUGUGUGUGUGUGUGUGUGUGUGUGUGUGUGUGUGUGUGAGAGAGAGAGAGAGAGAGAGAGAGAGAGAGAGAGAGAGAGAGAGAGAGAGAGAGAGAGAUGGACGGUCGGUGAAAUUGAUCAGUGGUGCAUGUGCACCAGAUCCGAUGGUCAGAUUAGCCUCACAUUCGGGCCAUGGCAUAUACUCCGUGGGGCUCACUUGAUGAAUGGCUGGAACUCGUACUAAAGUGGCACAUGUGAGAGAGUUCGAAUAUGCGAGUAGCUAUAGGAUGGCUGUUAGUUAAUGUGGGGAGAGAUUUGGACCUGCUUCAUUUUUGGGCUCAUGCCCUGGAAUGAUCUGGAAAAACGGAUGGACGGCCUGGAUACACUACACAUGCAUCAAGGUGGGCCCCACGGUCAGGACCUCACCUAAUCCUCUACCGUUAAUGAGAGAGAGAGAAAGAGAGAGAGUGAGUGAUAUCUAUUCAUUAGCUUCGAAGAGCAGAAUCUGAGAGGGGUCUGUACCAGUGUCUGUUGUCACCUGCAAUCACUGAGUUAUUUACGUACCCCAUCUCUCUCUCUCUCUCUCUCUCUCUCUCUCUCUCUCUCUCUCAGAGUGAGUCAUUGCAAAAACUACAACUGCGACUAAUGCUUUCUCCGACCUAAGUCAGUAGGAUACGUGGGACCACUGAUACUUGCUUCUUUUGGGGUUUCACCCUUCCAACCCAGUGGAUUCCUCCCCUCUUCUGCAGACUCACAUCAACCAGAAACUCCUAGUGAUUUUCCGUUCCCCUUUGAUUUUUUAUUUCCUUUCUUCGUCUCUUCAUAUAACUAACGUACAUGUAUUAGAAAAAAGAAAAAAAGUUUCUUGUGCACCAUCCCUGUUUUCUUCUUUGAAUGCAUGCGUGCGUACCACUACAUGUGGGUGAGAGACUGGUGCACAGAAUGGGGAUGCGUGUUUGUGUGUCCCAUUUGAAUGGCACACGUGUGAUGGAUCUGGGCCAUUCAUUGUUAGGCAGUGAACACUGUCUACAUACCAUACACCAAAAACCAGGGUAG